UGCCCCCCAUCUCAUUCAAUGUUAAAUAUCUACAAUUUUCCUUCAGCUCGAUCGGCAGACCAAGAGCGAGCGCCUCAGCUAUCAAUUGAUCGGCCACGAUGAUGAAGACGGCGGCGGCGCUUCCGGUAUCGAAGCAAGAAAAAGAGGUGGCGGACGCGAUCGAAAGUGGCCUGAGCGGUGUACGGACCGCGGAAACGCUGCUGCGCGUUGUGCCGAUGGGGUUCUGCCUCGCCGCACUAAUCCUCACCAUCAAGAACUCCGUAGACAACGAUUUUGGCUCCGUCUCCUAUUCUGAUCUCGGAUCCUUCAAGUAUUUGGUGUACAUGAACGGGCUGUGCGCUGGCUACUCCAUCUUCUCAGCUUUCUACACCGCUAUCCCCCGCCCCCUUUCCAUGUCUCGCGCUUGGACUAUCUUCUUCCUCGAUCAGGUGGUAACAUACGCGAUACUGGCAGCGGGUGCGGCGGCGGCGGAGAUAGUGUACCUGGCUUACGAGGGAGACGAGCAAGUGACAUGGAGCAGGGUUUGUGGUGUAUUCGGUGGAUUUUGCCGGAAGGCGAAGGCGUCGGUGGUGAUAACCUUCGGGGCGGUGGCCUGCUACGUUCUGCUUUCUCUCAUCUCUUCCUAUAGGCUCUUCAGUGCCUACCACGCGCCCGUUUCCACCUUCGCAGCUACAGUAGAAGAUAACGAAGCCAAUUAAUGUCAGUAGCUAUUGUUAAAAGCCAUUGUAAAAGUACGUUCGGAAUUGCUCUACGUUCUUAUUUACGUACUCUUGUUGAUUUUGGUGAUAAUACUGUAAGAAAAGGCGAAUUUUUCGUCCGGACACCCAAUCCAGAUGCGCAUGUUAUCCGUAUACACUGGAUCCCGAUGUAUUUUGAUGAUAUGACGCAUUUGGAUUGAUUUCCGUACAAUUCCGGACACCGGACGUAAUAAUUUGCCGUAAGAAAAAAUAAAGCUAAUAUCAAUAUUUACAUCCCAAGAAGUUGUAGCCAUCACUGCCUAGUUUAAGAAAUUUUAUUUGGUUUCAGAACUUAUAUUUGGUGGCA